AAGCUAAAGGCAAGAGAAGGUUCUCUUCUGCAUCAAAACACCCCCUACAACCUGCAAAACACCCUCUUCCUCUCUACCUUUUUUCCAUCUUUAAUCAAUACAACAAUCUCUAAGUUCUUUUACUUCUUCUUCUUCUUCUUCUUCUUUCACCAGUUUCUUGAUUUCAUUUCUUGAUUUUGUUUCAAGAUUUCAUUGAUGUCUGUGCCACUUGAACAUGAUUACAUAGGCUUAUCAGAUGCUUCUUCUUUGCAAAGAAGCUCUGAAUCCUCCAAUAUCUCAUCUGAAUCUGAAACCAACAAUGUUCUUAAUCUUAAGGCCACUGAACUYAGACUUGGGUUGCCUGGAUUUAGCAAGAAUUCUGAAKAAAAUGCCAYCAAAAUUGGGCAUACCAAGAACUUGAUGUCAGGAGCUAAAAGAGGGUUUUCUGAUGUUAACAUUAAUGGUUCUGGAAAAUGGGUUUUGAGUGGUGGAUCUGAAGCUGAUUUGGAUAAGUGUUCUUCUGUUUUGUUCUCUCCUAGAAGUGGGAUUAAUGCUGGUUUAGACAAAAAUCAAGCACAAAAAUCAGAUACUAAACCUGAUGAAGAGAAGAAGAAAGGCUCUGUUAAAGAAAAUGGCACUUCUCCUCCUUCUGCUAAGGCACAGGUUGUAGGAUGGCCACCUAUUCGAUCUUUCCGCAAGAACACCAUGGCCACCAAUUUAUCGAAGAGUGGAGUGGCUGUUGCCGAAGGGAAUUCGGGAUCCGGCAGUGGGUGCCUUUAUGUGAAGGUGAGCAUGGAUGGUGCUCCAUAUCUAAGAAAGAUCGAUCUCAAGAUUUACCAUAACUAUGCAGAACUUUCUAAAGCUCUUGAGAAGAUGUUUAGCUGCUUUACUCUUGACCAAUGUACUUCUAAUGGACUUGGAGGGAAAGAAGCACUUAGUGAAAGUAACUUGAAAGAUCUUCUUCAUGGGUCUGAAUGUGUGUUAACAUAUGAAGAUAAAGAUGGCGAUUGGAUGCUUGUUGGUGAUGUUCCUUGGGAGAUGUUUAUAGAUUCAUGCAAGAGAUUAAGGAUCAUGAAAGGUUCAGAAGCAAUUGGAUUAGCAGGUCCAAGGUCUAUGGACAAGAGCAAGAGCAGAAAGUAGCAGCAACAAGAUCUGCAACCUAACAGCAAGUAGGGUUUGUGGAUUGCAUUUUGCAUCUCCUCCUAGAGUUGAUAUAAUAAUAUUUUUGAUUUCUAGUGUUUUUUUUUUUUUUUUUGUUGUAUUUUAUUGGAUGGAAGAAUCUUUUUAGGCAAAAAAAAUGAUAAUUGGAAGGAAACAUCCACUUCUUUGGUAUUUUCUUGUAAAUGGCUUUGUUCUCCAAUGCAUUUGUGUUCAUCUUC